AUGAGCUCGUCGGAAUCUGAAUCUGAACCCGAAACCAGUCGCAUAGCGACACCAAUUCCGCUUGAUCCGAAGUUACCGAUGAAAAAAUCGAUUCCACAACAGCAGACUGACGAUGAAGAUGGCAAUGAAUCGAAUGACAGUGGUCAAGAAGAGGAGGACGAUGAGACGAGCCAGGGAACUGUGGAAAACGACGAAGAAGCGGAAGAGCAAGAUGAUGAAAGCGAUAGAGAAGAGGAAACAGUGGAGCCGGUCAAAGCGGUGCCGAAGGUUGAGAAACCGAUGCCAGUAGUUAAUGCGAAGGCAAUAAUCCCAAGAGCAACAGCUGUCAGUAAACCGAAAUUACCCUCCUAUGAAACGAUGAUUUACGAAGGUUUGAAAGAAUUGGCAGAUGGUAAAAGGAGUGGAGUUUCAAUACCCAAACUGUUUAAGCAUAUUUCUUCGAAGUAUCAUGCUGAAGAUACUUUGAAGAAGUUUUUCUUCAAAAAGGCUUUAAUCACUGGCAUUGCUGAUAAAGUUUUCAAAAGAGUGUCUGGUAACGGAUUGUCCGGAUCGAUAGUGAUUUCAACUGAACAUUUGAAGAAACUCGCUAGAGCACAAGAGAAGGCAGAAAAAGCAGCUUUGCAUCACACAUCGAAAUCAAAACCAACAUCGAAGCCGAACCCAAAAUCGAAAUCAAAUCAGAAAAAGAAACCAGCUACCGCUAAAAGCACUACAGAAAAAGCAGCAAAAAAGCCGACAGCAAAGCCAGCAGCGCCAGCAGUGAAAAAAGCAUCCAAAGACAUUAACAACAACUCGAAGCUUACGAAGGGCAAAAAAGCAGCUCCGGCAGGGCCUAAGGCAAAAGUGUCAAAGACAACUGGAGCUGUUCGACUGUCUAUUGGUCUCGGUCAGGUGUCAGCAGCUGGCAGUAAGAGUAAGUUGAAAGCUGCUGUUAGCAAGAAAUCGAAAGAGACAGCAGCACCUGCAGCAAAGAAGUCAGAACCAAAAGCAACCAAACCGCAGCCUGCAAAAUCCGUGCCGGCCACGAAAGAUACGGUGACCAAAGCUAAACCCGUUCCGGCAGCAGCUCCGGCGAGGAGCACCAGAAAGACGCCAAAGUAA